CGGGGCAUGUGACCGAACAGACUUCUAUUGUCUCUCAUCGACGCGUUUCCUCUUCCCUGGCAUUCUCAGUUUCCGAUUUUCUGAUUUCUGGUGCGUGUGAUUUAUGUGUUUUGCUGCUGCCGUGCUGUGCGUUAUAUAUUCUUAAAUUAUCAACGUGAUUAAAUACGGAACUACUUCUUUGUGCUUUGACUCAAUUAGUUUAUUCUUACGUACUAUCUCAAGUUUAAUUUAACCGUUCAUCGAUACACAAAAUGCCGGGAUCAUCAUGGACUGUUGUGAAAUUUAAUUCGGAAAAUUUAGUUGAAGCCGUACCAACUUCAUGGAUUUUUAGUAACCAAUAUUACUGGCCACCUUUUCAACGCGAUAAAGUAAUAUCAGCAAUUAGAAAGAAUGAAGAGCCAAAUACACAUUGGCCUUCAUAUGAAGUAACUGUUUUUCGAGACAGUACUUUUGGGAAUUACAUGACAGCAAGAGAAAAAUGCAAAAAACUGAAAACACAUCGGAUUUGAAUUCCGAAGUUUCAGCUGGUGAAGGGAAGAAAAAAAGGAAAAUUAAACAAAGACAGUUUUCUUCUUCUUCUUCAGAAGACGAAGAAUGCAGUUCCUUGCCAAUGCCUCCUGUUUUAAAAGCCAAAGCAAGAGAUGAGAUUGAUGAAGAAAUCACGCAAACGUAUGAUAUAACAGAUGAGAUGAUUGAAAAAAUAAUCAUUUCUCAAGAACCUUUUCAAUAUAGCCCAGUUUUAAGAGAGCUCAAUCAUAAAAAAGAAACGUCGAAAACUGCAGGUAAGCAGGUCGUUGUGGAGCAGAAUAAUAAUUGUUUUGUUAACCCAGAAAAAGAAAACAAUUCUUUAUUGACUAAUUCUAUGGAAUGCACAUGUCAGUUGUGUCCAGCACAUGCUCAGAUGCAGAAUAAAAAUGCAAUGUAUUUUAAACAGAUAAUUCGCCAACAAAAUUAUUUUAAAGCUCAAUUGUGGCAAACAUUUAAGGAGAUACAAGAUAUUAAAAAUGCUGGAUUAAAUCAAGCUGCUAAUAACAAUAUUCAAAGACAGGAAUCAGUUUUCCAUUCUUUCAUGCUUCCGUUUGAAACGGAACAACAAUUAGAAGAGGUCGAGCAGUUUUUGAAGAAUAAGGACAAUUUUAAAACAUCGGUUGCACAAGCAUCACGCAUUGGUGGCAAACAUUCUUAUGAAUUCAUCAAAAGAAACUUAAGUAAACUCCUAAGUAAUAAAUUAGCCGAAGGAUACAGUUGGUUGGGAAAGAAACACAAGAAAAAAUUUUAUGAAUUAAAAUUGGCAGAGAUGUUAAUUGCUGCAGGAGAAGCAUACAACGAAACGUUUACUAAAAAGGAUUUGGAAGAGGCCAUAAAAAAAUGGUUAAGAAGAGCAAAGGAGAGAUCUGAUGCGGCUGAAAAAAAAAUUGCAAAUCAAGAACGUGUUGAGAUCGAGCAUUCUUAAUAUGUAUUAUUUAAUAUAUAAGUUAAAAAUAAUUAUAUCUAUGUUUAAAAAAUUCAGUUACCACAUUUAGAGUAUAGAGUAUAUUAUUAGUAUAAAAUAUAUAUGAUGUAAUAACGUAUAUAUGUGAUAUUAGUAGUAACGUAUAAUAUGUGAUAUUAACGUUGUAACGUAUAUAUAAUGUGAUAUAUAGAUAGUAGUAACAAUAUAUGUUCUAUGAUAUUAAUAGUAACAAAUAUAAUAAUAAAUAUUAUCCAAUUAAAA